GCAGGGCCUCGAGGCCCUGGAAGUGGCCUGGCUGAAGUCGGGGCCUGCAGGUUCUAGGAGGGAACCUGAAACUGGACAGUGACCAGGAGCCAGCUGAGCUGCCCGGGUGACUGCUCAAGGGGCACUGCGGUUCCCAAAAGAUGUCUGCCCGUCCCCCGGUCACCAUGGGCACUGGAAGGAUGACCACCCAGCCGUUGACCGCGAAGGCACUGGGGUCGGUGACGUUCAGGGAUGUGAUCGUGGACUUCACCCAGGAGGAGUGGCAGCAGCUGAAGCCUGCGCAGAAGGACCUGUACAGGGACGUGAUGAUGGAGACCUACUGGAACCUGGUCUCGCUGGACUUGGAGACUAGACCUGACACAAAAGAAUCAGACCCACCAGAGAACCAUUGUGAAGACAGACCAUCCAUUGCUGUAGCGGCCGAGAGACCUGUGAGGAAUGGUGACCCGGAUUGUGCCUGUGAAGGAGCAGGGUCACAGAAUGUCUGGCUGGGACGGGAACAGGGCAGCCCAAGAACCUGUCUGGGGCCGUUGGACAAGUCCCAUGUGUUGGCCCCUGAAUGUCAAGAAUUUAAGGCAUUUGUGCACCAAACCCUCGUGCCAGCCCCACUGGGAUCUGAAGGACCGAGAGGACCGGGGACACACCGAUUCACCAUGUGUGGAAAGGACUCAGGUACUUCAAGCCUUGGUCUUCCCUCCAAACCCAGCUCAGAGAAGAUGUCCAACAAUUGCAGGGACUGCAGCAAGGCUUUCAGCUGUAGCUCAUCCCUGAAGGAGCAACAACAAAUCCACAGCAGGGAGAAGCCCUUCUCCUGCACCACGUGUGGGAAGCAGGUCACUUCUGGGCAGUCAUAUGUCACCCUCCACCAGUGCGUGCACACUGGGGAGAAGCCGUACAAGUGCGAGGAGUGUGGCAAGGCCUUCAGGGAAAAUAAGAGCCUCAUAGUGCAUCAGAGAAUGCACACCGGGGAGAAGCCGUAUGUGUGCGGGGACUGUGGCAAGGCCUUCAGGCGGAACAGUAGCCUCAUAGUGCAUCAGAGAAUGCACACCGGGGAGAAGCCGUACAAGUGCUGGGAUUGUGGAAAGGCCUUCAGGGAAAGCAGGGGCCUCAUAGUGCAUCAGAGGACGCACACCGGGGAGAAGCCUUAUGCGUGUGGGAAGUGCGGCAAGGCCUUCAGCUACUAUAGGAGCUACAUAGUGCAUCAGAAGACGCACACCGGGGAGAAGCCUUACGUGUGUGGUGUGUGCAACAAGGCCUUCAGGGAGAACAGGGGCCUCACUGUGCACCAGAGGACGCACACCGGGGAGAAGCCUUAUGUGUGCAGCGUGUGCGGCAAGGCCUUCAGGGACAACAAGAGCCUCGUAGUGCAUCACUGGACACACACUGGGGAGAAGCCUUAUGUGUGCGGGGAGUGCGGCAAGGCCUUCAGCGAGAACAGGGUCCUCAUUGUGCAUCAGAGGACACACACUGGGGAGAAGCCUUAUGUGUGCGGGGAAUGCGGCAAGGCCUUCAGCCAGAAGGUGCACGUCAUGCAGCACCAGAGGACGCACACCACGGAGAAGCCAUACGCAUGCUGGGACUGUGGCAAGGCCUUCAGGCAGAAGAGGAGUCUCAUCGCGCACCAAAGGACACACACGGGGGAGAAGCCAUAUGCGUGCGGAGCCUGCGGAAAGGCCUUCACCCGGAACAAGGACCUCAUCGUGCACCAGAGGACACACAGCAGGGAGAAGCGGUAUGCCUGCGGAGUCUGUGGGAAGGCCUUCAGCAAGAAUUGGAACCUCAGCCUACACCAGAGGACGCACACCGGGGAGAAGCCGUACGUGUGCCAGGACUGUGGCAAGGCCUUCAGCCAGAAGAGCAGCCUCAAAAUGCAUCACAGGACACACACCGGGGAGAAGCCUUACACAUGUGGCCAGUGUGGCAAGGCCUUCAGGCAGUCCUCGUCUUUCAAGAAGCACAGGCGUGUGCACACCGGCGAGUAGUGCUGUCAGUGUUCCAUCUGCCAGAAGAGCUUCAUGGCACGCUCUUCCCUGCAGGAGCACCAGAACGACCACACGUUAGGGACGCAGUGUGGCAAGGCCGAGGUCAGGAACAUCGUCCUCCCCAUCCACCUGAGAAUCCUAUGCAUAUGGCAGUGUGGGGAAACCUUCAACAAGAACUUCGACCUCACGCUGCACCAGAGGAUGCACACUUAUAUCUGCGUGGCCAUAUGGAAAGGGUCGGUGACGUUCAGGGAUGUGAUCGUGGACUUCACCCAGGAGGAGUGGCAACAGCUGGAGCCUGUGCAGAAGGACCUGUACAGGGACGUGAUGAUGGAGACCUACUGGAACCUGGUCUCGUUGGAGUUUUUCCAUAAGAAGAAAAAUCAAGAGAAGUGCGGUGGAUGGCCACCUAUGAGACUACCAAACAAAUCAUGGUGUAGCAAUACCAUGGAUAUCACGAUGUUCUUCCAAGACUUGGAGACUAGACCUGACACAAAAGAAUCAGACCCACAGGAGAACAGUUGUGAAGACAGACCAUCCAUUGGUGUAGUGGCCGAAAGACCUGUGAGGAAUGGUGACUGGGGUUACAACUCUGAAAGAGCAGCUCCACAGAAUGACUGGGUUGGAUGGCGAGAGGGCAGCCCAAGAACCUGUCUGGGGCCACUGGACAAGUCCUGUAUGUUAGCCCGUAAAUGUUGUGAAUUUAAGGUAUUUGUGCACCAAAGGCUCAUUCCGACCCCACCUGGAUCUGAAGGACCAAGAGGACCAGGGAUGCACUUGUUCACCACAUUUAGGAAUACCUCCAGUACUUCAAGCCUUGGUCCUCCCUCCAGACUCAGUACAGAUGAGAAGUCCUGCAGUUGCAGGGACUGUGGCAAGACUUUCAGCUGUAGCUCAUCCCAGAAAGAGCAGCAACAAAUCCACAGCAGGGAGAAGCUCUUCUCCUGCACCACAUGUGGGAAGCAGUUCACUUCUGGGCAGUCAUAUGUCACCCUCCACCAGUGCGUGCACAUUGGGGAGAAGCCGUAUAAGUGUGGGCAGUGCGGCAAGGCCUUCAGGGAAAACAAGGGCUUCAUCUCACAUCAGAGGAUGCACACUGGGGACAAGCCAUAUUCAUGUGGGUUCUGUGGAAAGGCCUUUUCCCGGAACAAGUACUUCAUCAAGCAUCAGAGCACACACACGGGGGAAAAACUGUAUCCUUGUGAGGAGUGUGGGAAGGUCUUCAGCCAGAAAUGGAAACUCAACGUGCACCAGAGGACACACACUGGAGAGAAGCCCUACCUGUGCAGUCAGUGCAGUAAGGCCUUCACCAGGAACAGGAGCCUCAUCGUGCAUCAGAGGUCUCACACUGGGGAGAAGCCAUACAAGUGCGUGGAGUGUGGCAAAGCCUUCAGUGAUAACAGGAGCCUCAUCCUGCAUCAGAGGACACACACUGGGGAGAAGCCGUACAUGUGCGAGGACUGUGGCAAGGCCUUCACUAGGAACGAGUACCUCAUCACACACCAGAGGACGCACACUGGGGAAAAGCCAUACAUGUGCGAGGACUGUGGCAAGGCCUUCAGAAUGAACAGGAAUCUUAUAGUGCACCAGAGGAUACACAGUGGGGAGAAGCCAUAUGCAUGCAGGGACUGUGGCAGGGCCUUCACCAGGAACGAGUACCUCAUUGCACACCAGAGGACGCACACUGGGGAAAAGCCUUAUACCUGUCGCCAGUGUGGCAAGUCCUUCAGGCAAAAGUCUUCACUCUGGAGGCACAGCCUCAUGCACACCAGGGAGUAGCCCUAACAGUGCUUCACGCCAGAAGUGCUUCGUGGGCUGCUCAACCCUGCAGGACCACCAAACCAACCACACAUUGGAGAAGCACUGUAAGUGCACCCAGGGCAACAAAGUCUAAGUCAGGAACUUCUUUGUCCCUGUCCUCCAGAGGAUCUACAUGGGAGACAGGCCCUACACGUGAGGCAAGUGCAGAAUGAAUAUCUUGUAGCCUGUCAAGGUCUGGCAGGUUCACUCUGGAUUCAGGCAGAAGGAAAAAAAAUGGUGGAGCCGUGGGGAUGCUUGACAUGCCUUUAGUAAAUGGUGGGCGAUCCAUGCAUGCUGCAAGCUGCAUGUCCCCCUUACAUACUCAAUACAGACAAAGCCAGCAGACAGCCAGAAGAUUGUAUAACAGCAUGAUUCUGUGUAUGUGAGCCCACUCAAUGUUAUGGGAACUGAUGAUUGGAUCCGGUCUCAAGGCCAUGAAAACAUAGCUUAUCUUAGUUCCCCAGAUAGCUGGAUGAGGGAUCCAGACUGCCUCCAUUUAUCCUACACAGAAAACCCUCAUCAGGAACGUCAGCCUCAUGCUUCACCAGAGGAGAAUGCACACAUAGAAGAGGGGCAGGGAAUCUCAGAAGCCCCACACUCCUGGAAGGUCCUGAGCCCUUGGGCAAGUGUGAGACUUGACAUUUGGGCCCAUGGGUAGGACACAAGAAAAGUCCUGCCCAGACAGGUCAUAGGAAUGUGGGGUUUGGGGAAAGUCCAUGCCAUGCUCACCAUUUGCUUCUGUAGCAUCUGUGUGGCUGUGUGGAAAGUAAGUCCCCCUACAGGUUUAGUAUCUGGGAGCGUGGGCAGGGGCACUAUGGCUGCAGACUGAGCUGGAGUAAACUGUCCUAUGAGUGUGGACCAGACAUUUAGUGUCUCAGGGUUUCCAUCUCCUCCACAGUAGAGAAUUAGGAGGAGGAAGGAAUGGGGAGGUGGGCUCCAUGGGGACAUUGUCACUUUGUCACACAUGCCUGUGUGUUUGCUCAUUUUCCCCACACCCAGUCUCUAGUUUCCCUGCAACACCAACUGGAGAGGCUCAGACUUAUAAUCUGCAGAAGUAACCAGUUGGGUCACAUGGAGAAAAACUUUGGAGGGGAUUAAGAUGUAACAGUAGUUGCUUCAUAUAUCAAAGUUUCUCACAGUGGUCUACUAAAAAUUCCUUUUAAAUUAAAGACUUUAAUUAAGUGAUACCAGUGUCAUUUUAACUGUUGCAGGUACAAAACACCCAGGGACCAGUUUUCCUGUCCCAAUGAGUGUCUGUGAUUGGGGAGAGGGAGCACAGAUACCCCACAGGAACUGCCAGAAAUCAGGAACCUACCCUAGUGCACCUGGUCCUCGCAGCCCUGGCUUCCUGGCUUGAGAAUGAUCCUAGCACAUCUGAGGUCUGUUAUCAAAACAGGUGUCCUUGGGGUUUGCUUGUCUCCCAUGACAAAGGAGAAAUAUGAGCAGAAAAUUACAUGUAUCCAUCACCCCUCCACACAUACUCCCACCAGCAGCAUGAGGAGGUUCAGUGAUUUCUCAAUCACUGAAAUUUUAAGGGAGACCAUUGUCAUUUUAAACAUUCAUCUGGUGCAAGAAGUACAGGUACAGGUUUUUCUGUCAAAAUGAGUGUCAACACUUGGGGGCAGGGAGUACAAAUACUGCCGAAGAACCCGAGUAACCCAGCAGGCCCGCUCAAGGUAUGAAGCCACCUGCCUCUCCCAGCCCCACAUUCCUGACUUGGGAAUGGUCAGACCAGGUGGCAGGGCCCAGGCCCUCAGCAAGGAUAUUGGGCAAAGGGUCCCUCUUGUAGACACCCGGCCUUGUGGACCCCCACCCUGCAGGGGUGUUUCAGUUACAGCAGAAAAUCCUCUCUCACAUCACAGAAUGCGCCCAACCCAGCCCCCGCAGGCUGCAGUUCUGGUGAAAAAUAAAGUGCCUUCAGUCAGGUGGGGGAGUUACUCAGUCAAUGCCUCACCCACAGCCUAGGUCAUAUUUUAGUUAAUAUUUCGUUACUGCUGCUGACAGCCUUCUGUUACCAAUAAUAAAUAGCAAACGAUAUAAGCAUGGUGCUGUACUAUCCGUAAUAAAUAAAGCAUUUAUUAAUAACUGGGUAAUUAGGUACUAUUUUUAUACUGGUUAAUUCUUUCAGAUGAUUUUGUGAACAUGGGCAAAUGGCUGCUGACUGGGCCCUGUGCCCUAGCGCCCUCCUGCUCAUCACCAAAAGGGUACGACCUGGUGGUGAUCAGUACUUAGACUGGCUCCCACUUCUGCAUGGUUGCUAGUCUACUGAAGUGCUCCAGUGGGACAGACAGAGCACAGUGUGCUUACUCACCUGGCCUGAAACUGGGCCCCUGCUGGUGGUUCAGUUGGUGAAGCAUUGCUCAGAUAUGCCAAGGUCAAGAGUUUAAUGUCUGCUCAGGUCUCAUGAGGAAAAACAAAAACAAUGAACCCUUGAAAGAGUGGAACAAAAAAAUUGAUCUCUCACAAAUAAAUAAAAAGUGAAAAAGGUGAACUUGUUGGGUGAACUCCUUGUUGGGUGAACUUUACAGGAGCCUUUACUUGGUGCCACACAGUCUUACCACUGCUGGUGGUCCAAAGGAGGAGACAACAGAAUCCUUGCCCAUGGAGUGGUCUCCCUGCAGUCUUACUCCAUUGGCAUUCCAUGACCAUGGAUGACUCAGCUGGGCAGAGCACAGGCUGCACCCAGACAACAGAUGAACGUGAUUGAGCUCAC